AUGGACUACAACUCCCGGCAUGCCGCACCCGGAUUCGAGGACCACACACCUCAGCCAGCCCCGGCAAGGGCCUAUCAGGGGUGGGUCGGGGCAUCCGAGCGGGUUGGCGGACGGAGCGGCGGCGACGGAGGAGGAGGAGGAUGGAGGCGGUGGUGUUCGUCUUCUCUCUCCUCGAUUGUUGCGCGCUCAUCUUCCUCUCGGUCUACUUCAUAAUUACAUUGUCUGAUUUAGAAUGUGAUUACAUUAAUGCUAGAUCAUGUUGCUCAAAAUUAAACAAGUGGGUAAUUCCAGAAUUGAUUGGCCAUACCAUUGUCACUGUAUUACUGCUCAUUUCAUUGCACUGGUUCAUCUUCCUUCUCAACUUACCUGUUGCCACUUGGAAUAUAUAUCGAUACAUUAUGGUGCCGAGUGGUAACAUGGGAGUGUUUGAUCCAACAGAAAUACACAAUCGAGGGCAGCUGAAGUCACACAUGAAAGAAGCCAUGAUCAAGCUUGGUUUCCACUUGCUCUGCUUCUUCAUGUAUCUUUAUAGUAUGAUCUUAGCUUUGAUAAAUGACUGAAGCUGGAGAAGCCGUGGUUGAAGUCAGCCUACACUACAGUGCACAGUUGAGGAGCCAGAGACUUCUUAAAUCAUCCUUAGAACCGUGACCAUAGCAGUAUAUAUUUUCCUCUUGGAACAAAAAACUAUUUUUGCUGUAUUUUUACCAUAUAAAGUAUUUAAAAAACAUGAAUUGAGUUUCUGUAGAUUUCUAGUUCUCAACUUUAGCCUGAACGCCAACACUUGAAGGUGUUUUUCAUCCUCUGUAUGUUGAAGGUGGUUAUUUGUAUGUAGGAACAGGACUGCCAUCCCAGCUUUGCCUGCCAAAGAAAUAAAGAACACACUUUAAAGGGCAAACUGAAGAGAUGAGCGAGCAAAGGUGCCCUUCAGGUCUACUGAAAAGUUAGAGUACAAAACAACACUGUUGAUCUGGACAAAAGAAGAAAAAUUACCCUUUUUGCUUGUGUUGUGACAACUUCAUUUAAUAUGGUUUAAAGAUUUAUGAGACUGUCAGCUAAAAGUCUUUUCACAAGAAUGUCAACAGAGAAUGGCAUCUCAAAAUAUAUAUAUUUCUUUGCACAAUUUGUGAAACCUUAUAAGCCAUUUUCCCCAGGUACAAUGUAGUUCCUGCUGAUAGAAAGGAAAUAUUUUGUCAAGAGCUUUCAUUUAAAAGCUACUACCUCCACAAUCACCCCCAAACCCAGAAAAUCCCCACUGGCUCUUGCCAGUCUGGUUUUCGUAUUGCAGUUAUUCCAAUUGUAUUUGAUCUCCCUGAUAAUGUAUUUUAACGGGUUUGGGUAGAAGAUGCUAAUCAGAUUAGAAGCAGGAAUAGUUAUUUGCUGUCUGUGAAAUUGAGCCUUUUGGUGCGCCACGUGGUGCCAGAUUAACACUUCUAUCCCUCUGCACUGACCACGUUGUGAACUGGGAGACCAAAUACAAGCCAUUUCAUGGACAUAGCAAUAUACAACCAAACUCUGUUCCUUGGAGUUAUAUUGUAAACUCUUGCAGUUGGGAGAGCAGUUCACCUCCUUAGCUCUGUUUGCCAGCUCUUACAGGGUAAAGUAAACCUGGCAAUUUAUCCUCAGUCCUAGUUUGUGGUUUAAUGUUGCUAUCUUAAGCACUGGCAUUUGGGCAAAACAUGACUGUGUUCUAUGGGAGAAUCCAAAGGCAUUAUUCACUCUAGUUGAGAUAGAAUUGGGUGGCUAAACAGGGUGUGUGGUACCCAAAAGAUUAAAUGUUACAUGUCCUUUUAGUCCUGGACUAGGUCUAGCCUUGGCAGAAGCAAGGGAGCCACUAAGCCAAACUCCCUGUGCAGACAGACCAUGUUUCAAGGCUGGAAGUAGUGCCCUGGCAACACACAAAAGGAACGGUGAAAUGGUAGGCAAAGUGAACUUGGCUCUGUUGGCCUCUUUGGGGUCACAGAAAUUGCUCCUUGUGGUAAUCUUAUAUUUCUGUCAGGCACAGGGCCAAGAAGCUGUGUAACAGACAUUACUUUGCUUGCAUCUCUUUUUCAUACCUUUUCCCUCUGAGGCAGCUUUUGCUUAGAAAACAGUCCCUUCACUCUGCCUUUCCUCCUAACUUCCUGUGCCUCUUCAUGUUCUGCUCAAGCUUUUUAAAGCAACGAAGCUGUUGGAGAACUUAAAUCCUUGCAGCUGAGAGAUAAGCUACUUAAAGGUGGUAGAGAUCUUUUUUUUUUUUUUUUGAGAUGGGGUCUUGCUGUGUCGCCCAGGCUGGAGUGCAGUGGUGUGAUCUCAGCUCACUGCAACCUCUGCUUUCUUGGUUCAAGCGAUUCUCCUGCCUCAGCCUCCCAAGUAGCUGGGAUUACAGCUAGCUACUCCUGGCUAAUUUUUGUAUUUUUAGUAGAGAUGGGGUUUCACCAUGUUGGCCAGGCUGGUCUCAAACUCCUGAUCUCAAACGAUCUGCCUGCCUUGGUCUCCCAAAGUGCUGGGAUUAUAGGUGUGAGCCACUGCGCCUGGCCAUGUAGAGGACUUUUGACCAAAAUGUUUCACCUUCUCAUUCAGAUAUUCUUAGUAACCAAAAUAGUGAGUCAUGCAGUUGAGAGAGCCUUUGGGCUGUCAGUUUACAGUACAUCAGGCUUGCUGAGGCUAAGCAAAUCAGAAAGGUGCCAUGUUUAUAACAAAGGUCGAAGCUCCUUACUUCUGAAACAUUAGCUGUGGUUAAAAACAAAAACUCUUCCUUCUUGUAUUGCUUGUCUAUCAAAGCCAGGAAAGUGGGGGAUCACUGUAGUUAAUUUUUUUUUUUUAAAUUAGAGACAGGGUCUUGCCCUGUCGCCCAAGCUGGAGUGCACUGGCGCAAUCGUGGCACACUGCAGCCUUGAACUCCUGGACUCAAGCAAUCCUCCUGCCUCAGCUUCCCAAGUAGUUGGGAGUAGGUGCACACCACCAUGCCCAGCGAAUUUUUAAAAUGUUUUUUGUAGAGACAGAGGUCUUGCUAUGUUGCCUAGGCUGGUAUCAAAUUACUGGCCUCAAGCGAUUCUCCUGCCUCGGCCUCCCAGAUGUUGGGAUUACUGGUGUGAGCCACCAUGCCCAGCUCAAAAACAAUUUUUUUAGGGGCACUUCUACAAAUCAUGAAAGGGGGAUAAAAGCACUGACUUUAAAAAGCCAUGUUUAAGAUGCUAUAAAUGUUCUUCCCUUUUCAUUGAUUGGAGAGUUGUAGAGGACCUUAGAGAUCAUUUUGUCUAACUCCCUCAUCCCAAAGAUAAACUGAGGCCUAGAGAUUGUUCAAGGUGUUGUAACUAUGAACAUCUGAAUGCUGAUGCUUAGUCCAGUGUUCUUUCUCCCUUACCACUCCUCUUCCCCAUCCCUCUAUAAUGGCAGUACCCAGGGCCCAGUCCAUAGACUACUAUCGAGUGCUCCUAUGUGCAUUUUCUUAGUACGUAUCAUUUUCCCUUGCCUUUUUCCUUCUAUCCUUUCAGUGGUAGCAACUGCCCUUGCUAAUCACCGUAACCUCAGCUAAGAAAGCAGAGGAAGCGAAAUCCAAGAUGCAGCUCAGUUCAUCAAAGCCUAGCAGGUCCCCUCAGCUGCCUUUUCAUGCCUGCCACAGACUACAGUAGAACAAAACCUGACCUGGUCUUUGAAGUUAAGAGCUAAGAAAGCUUCCUAUAGUAGUAUCUCCUGUGGCACUUACCACAUUCUAUCUGGUAUUACAGUUAUUUGUAUGCAAUUAAUCACUCUUAGAUUGUAUGUUCCUGGAGGGCAGAGUAUGCCCAUUCAUAUUUGUAUCUUCUUCCUUCCGCUCUUGGCACCUAACACAGUGCCUUGCACACAAACAAUAAAUGAUUGUUGAGUGAAUAAGUAAA